GACAGGCCCCAUCCGGUCCACACUGCGGCUACAUUUGGGCCUGAGUCCCUCCUUCAACCUUCACUGCGGCCACCGUAUCAGAGGGGCACCUUCAGCCAGCUCCGCGGCGCGACGGCAACGGCAACGGCAGCGGCUCCAGCACUACUGACCACUUCUAUUUAUAUACACAUCUAGUUAUCAUGUCCUUUCUCAGUAUCAGCAGGCUAGCGCCGAGGCUGCUUAACUCCAAGAAUGCAGCAUGUGUUGUUGUGGCUGCCAGAAAUGCCAGUGCAUCCACAAAUUUGAAAGAUGUGCUGGCAGAUCUUAUCCCCAAAGAACAGAGCAGGAUCAAGAACUUCAAACAGCAGCAUGGCAAAACCACCAUUGGCCAAAUCACUGUGGAUAUGGUUUAUGGUGGAAUGAGGGGCAUGAAAGGACUAGUAUAUGAGACCUCUGUACUCGAUCCUGAUGAGGGCAUCCGUUUCCGUGGCUACAGCAUUCCUGAGUGCCAGCAGCUUUUGCCAAAGGCCGCAGGAGGUGAGGAACCGCUGCCUGAGGGACUCUUUUGGCUGUUGGUGACAGGCCAGGUGCCCACCGAGGAACAGGUGAACUGGUUGUCUAAGGAAUGGGCAAAGCGGGCAGCUCUCCCCUCUCACGUGGUCACGAUGCUGGAUAACUUCCCCACUAACCUGCACCCCAUGUCCCAGUUUAGUGCUGCCAUCACUGCCCUGAACAGUGAAAGUAGCUUUGCCCGAGCCUACUCUGAAGGAGUCCACAAAAGCAAGUACUGGGAGUUUGUGUAUGAGGACUCCAUGGACUUGAUUGCCAAGCUUCCCUGCGUGGCUGCUAAGAUCUAUCGCAAUCUGUACCGUGAGGGCAGCAGCAUUGGAGCCAUCGAUUCCAACCUGGAUUGGUCUCACAAUUUCACUAACAUGUUGGGCUAUAGUGACCCUCAGUUCACUGAGCUCAUGAGACUCUACCUCACUAUCCACAGUGACCAUGAGGGUGGCAAUGUCAGUGCGCACACCAGCCACCUUGUAGGCAGUGCGCUCUCUGACCCCUACCUCUCCUUCAGUGCGGCCAUGAAUGGCCUAGCUGGACCCUUGCAUGGACUGGCUAACCAGGAAGUGCUGGUGUGGCUGACAGCCUUGCAGAAGGAGUUGGGAGGUGAAGUGUCAGAUGAAAAGAUGAGAGAUUACAUCUGGAAUACACUGAAAUCUGGCAGGGUGGUGCCUGGCUAUGGGCAUGCAGUCCUGAGGAAGACAGACCCCCGCUACACAUGCCAGCGUGAAUUUGCCCUCAAGCAUCUUCCUAAUGACCCCAUGUUCAAGCUGGUGGCUCAGCUCUACAAGAUUGUGCCCAACGUGCUGCUGGAGCAGGGCAAGGCCAAGAACCCCUGGCCAAAUGUUGAUGCACAUAGUGGGGUGCUGCUUCAGUACUAUGGAAUGACUGAGAUGAACUACUACACAGUGCUGUUCGGUGUGUCCCGGGCCCUGGGUGUAUUGGCUCAGUUGGUGUGGAGUAGAGCUCUGGGCUUCCCUCUGGAACGCCCCAAGUCCAUGAGCACGGACGGACUUAUGGCUCUAGUGGGGGCCAAGUCAGGCUAAAGAAACCAGGCCAGGCUACUGGAUCGGAGGAGAUACUAAGAUAACUACAUUAGAAACAAGCCCCUGGGCCAAGAGAUUCAAAGAGACAGUACACUUUUAAAACUUCACCUAAAAGAAAAAUCGCCUUUAUUAUUUAGGACCAUUAUUGUUGAUUUUCAUUUUUAAUACCCAAAACAUUAAAUUCUACAAUUCCUAAACCUACAGAGGUGAGAGAGAGAUAUAGGUAAAACUUUACAUUUAAAUUUUCCAAAUUUAAGUGUGUUCUCACUGAUGUCCUCUUAAUGUAUCCCACAUGAAAAUAUUUACAUUUAUAUUUUAAUUUGGCAUUUCUGUACAAACUGUGAACUUUAGAAAUGAACACACUCAUGGUAGCAUUAGUUAUUUACUCUUUAGACUUUCUUUAGGUUUGUGUAUUAAAAGAAAAGCCUUUAUUGGGAUAAGCAGGCAUACACUGUUUUUCACAGCCUUAGUAGCAAUCAGUUUAGAAUGUUUUCCCAUUUCAAAUCUUUUUUUAGGACUUGUGUAUGGAAAUGAAAGAAUUUGAUUUUUCUCUUUGGAAUCAACCAGAUCUUUCUUAGAUGUUCAACCAGGCAACCCUCCUCCAAUAUCAGUAUCACAAUGUUUCUCCCUAUAAGAACACUCCAGAUCACAAAGGUCCUACCUAAAUACGUCAGUUCACUGAACUGCAUGUUUUUGAAUUGGCAGAUCUGUUAAAAGGGUACUGUCCCUUUCAAUUCUUGUACCACUUCCUGACUUCAAUCAAUCAUGUCUUUUUAGAUAAACCUCUGGAUUCCCCCUUUUAUAUCGGAAAUAACCUGGAUUUUUAUUUAAUGUCAAUCUCUUUCCCUCUUUUUUUGCUAUUAGAUGUUCUAGGAAAGUUGAAUGCAGCAAAGUAUGAUGGUACCAAUAGCUUGGUCUUAAAAUUUGACUUCGAUCGCAAUGGUUAAGUUUUGGUUUGUACCAUUCUUUAACAUUAGUGUCAAUGCCAAGAGCAAGCUGAAACUUCAGUCUGAGCAGCCAGUUUUUUUCAGUGUUUGUAGCCCAUGUUUUUAAUUUUUUUUUUUUUUUUUUUCUUCUUUUUCUUCUUUCUUCCCGGAAAAUACCUGCUAAUACGAAAGCGCUUCAGUGAUCUGCUACUCCAAAAUAAGCACUUGCUAGUUUGGAAUCCUCAAUUUUUAGGUUUAGGAAACCCCUGGUUUGAUUUUAGUGUCCUUACUAUAUGUAGAGUUUUCUGGGUUCUUGUACAGUUCUUGUACAAAAAAAAAAUCGCUGAUUUUGUGCGUACAUAAUUUGUGAUUUUAUUUAUGUUUUGUAAAUAUUUAGCUUGAAUGUAUGAGCUCUACUUAAAAUAAUUUCACUAGAUCAAUAUGCAGGUGUCUUACAUGCUCUCCUAUUCAACUUUUGAGCAUGCUGUUACCACUCUUAAAAUCUUUAAGGCUGUAUCCUUUAAUAUCAGUUAAACACACCAAUACUCCAGCUUGUAAAUAAGUGUUGGUAGGAUGGAGAAUGUCCACGGGGUCGGCACAGGCUGGUCCUGCUUUUUGUGCUUGCUCUCAGGUGGUUUGAAUCUGUAGCAUCUGUCAACUGACAGGUCCAUAAACACUCCAUAUAGAUGACAGUGGGGACUUGUUCCUCAUCUGAAUUUUACUUUCUUUCUGGCUAUUUAUAAUUCACAAGGUAUUUUCACUCAUCAGUAUUCAAUGCAAUUUUCCUGUAGCUCGACAUGUCUGUUUUGUGUGUGUUUGUGCUCCACUGUAUCUUUUCAGGUUAUUUCAAAUAACAAGGAACAAGAAUGAUCAGAGAGAACAUGAAUUGGUUGAAGUCAGGAUGACUGCAGAAGGUAGAGGAACUGGUGAAUGGGGUCGAAUGGAAAAGAGACGCUCAGUGAACAAAAUGGGAAACUUGACAAAAUGCAAAACCAAUAAAUGUUUUUAACAAAA